AUGUGGAAAUCUUCAAAGGGAAAUUACCCGGAUGACGGCGAUAAAGGCCGAGCAUCUCACUCCUCAAAGUACAGCAGCUCCAGGGGACACGAAAACUCGCAUUACGAGCGCGACAACCACGGCAGACACAGUAAUCGCAUGUCAAACACAAACAAAAGGGACGGAUACAGCAGCUAUCGCGGCUCUAGCAGGGACAGACACAGAUAUUCUCACAAUAGGAGACACAACGAGCCCUCGGGAGGUCCAAAUCGACAAUAUAAUCGCUCUAGACCUCAUGAUUACUCAGAUAGCCACUCAGAUCACAGUCAAGACGACGGAAGACAUGGUAGGAAACGGCACUAUCACGAUAACAGUAAUCCCAGAGUUCAUAACAAAUCGCAACAUAUAGAUCAGGGCAGAAGAUCGACUAGACACGACAGCCCGUACAGAGGUAGACCAAAAAGGAGCCCAUCUCCACGAACUCCACGGUCAGCAAGUCCCAGGAGACGGAGAUACUCCCCUCCGGCGCCGCCAUUUGAACCGCCGACUGCCAGAGCUGGAGAUGGAUCUAGUCGUUCGGAGGCUGCUCAAGCACCUGUCAUGGAGUUUAGUAAAUUUGCUGAAGCAAAACGCCCUGAUACCAAAGAUGCUGGGCCUGAUCCAAGACUUUCUGAGCCACUUUAUGGAACCAGAAUUGUUACAAAAUUUGAUGUGGUCGCAUUUCCAAAAAAUGCCAAUAUUGACACUUCACUGGAUUCUCCACCCUUUACACUAGAUAUGGAUUGGGACUCCAUAUAUACAAUUUGCUCUUUCCUCCAGACGCCUCUAGAGAGAAUAAACGGAUACCUAACAUUCUCUAGACCCAAAGUUGAGCAGGAAUGGUGGUUAAAGGGGACGCUUUCUUUGCUACUAAUAGGAAUACCAAGAAAUUGGGGAGCAAUGGAUUCAUUGUCGCAUAUUGUAAAUUCAUAUACAAGGAUAAGUAACCAAGACGAUCUUCCAGAGCAAGACUUUACAGAUGUGCUGUGGUCCCCAAAGUCUAACAAGGCAGACGUUAAAAAAGCAUGCACUCGAAUUGGUAUUACAAAGUUCAUUCUAUUGUUUGGAGAAUCUGGACUCGCUGUAAACGAUGUUCCAGCAAACUAUCCGCGAAUUACAGACCCAGAUACUCAGAGACGCAUUAUACAAAAUGAACAACCAGAAGGGAUGGCAUUAGUCGUAUUUGAAACCGAAGAAAUGGCCCUCAAAUUCUGGUCUACACUGGCUGGAACACCAAUAAAGGCAUAUCCAUCAUCUAUACGGGUAUGCCCAGAUCCUUCUGGUUGGAGAAUUUACUCUGAGGCUCUUUCGCUCUUUUUCCAAAAUGAGCACCUAGUUGCAAACACUGUAGCUCAACAACCAAAAGAUGAAAAUUCCCUGGAUUUACUCUCAGUUUUAACCACCGCAAGGGUGAAUUUGUCACCAGAUCAUACAUCUCCUGCCAACAAAAACGACGACAAAAAUUCUGCGCAAAAACUACAGGCACGGUUGACUUUUGUAUGCUCAUACAUCUCAAACCAAGAAGAUGCAAACACUGUUGCAAAAGUUUUAAGCAAACAUGGAAUAAAAUGCAUGUACCAUAAGCCAUCUAAAAUAAUGUCCUUGCAAUUCCCAGAUGACAAGACACUCCAGUCGAUAUCUUUUUGCCACAAGACGUUUACAACACCGUCAGGAUCAAGAGCGCAGUGUUGUUUCAUAAAGUGUGAUGGAAAAGCAAUCCCAAUAAUCAAACGCGCAAGUGUAGAACAUAUUUCAAACUCUAUAGACAGAAGGAAAAACACCGUGGCGCCAAAGCCAUCAAAAUUUAAACCACCAGAGAUUGGAAUAAUAAACAUUGACGAACUAUAG